GCUGGUGCGAGAGUUUGUGGCCCAGAACAACACAUCUCAAAUCAAACACGUGAUCCAGAUCCUGUCUCAGGAGUUUGCCCUCUCCCAGCACCCCCACAGCCGGAAAGGGGGACUCAUUGGCCUGGCUGCUUGCUCCAUCGCCCUGGGCAAGGACUCUGGGCUGUACCUGAAGGAGCUGAUUGAGCCAGUGCUGACGUGUUUCAAUGAUGCUGAUAGUCGGCUGCGGUACUAUGCCUGUGAGGCUCUCUACAACAUUGUCAAGGUGGCCAGGGGCUCUGUCCUCCCACACUUCAAUGUGCUCUUUGAUGGCCUCAGCAAGCUGGCUGCUGAUCCUGACCCAAACGUCAAAAGUGGCUCCGAGCUCCUUGAUCGGCUCCUCAAGGACAUCGUGACGGAGAGCAACCAGUUUGACUUGGUAGGCUUCAUCCCACUGCUGCGUGAGAGGAUUUACUCCAACAACCAGUACGCCCGCCAGUUCAUCAUAUCCUGGAUCCUGGUCUUAGAGUCUGUGCCUGAUAUCAACCUCUUGGAUUACCUGCCUGAAAUCCUGGAUGGCCUCUUCCAGAUCCUGGGAGACAAUAGCAAGGAGAUACGGAAAAUGUGCGAGGUGGCUCUUGGGGAAUUCCUCAAGGAGAUCAAGAAGAAUCCCUCCAGUGUCAAGUUUGCAGAAAUGGCCAAUAUCCUGGUGAUCCACUGCCAGGCAGCGGAUGACCUGAUCCAGCUGACAGCCAUGUGCUGGAUGAGGGAGUUCAUCCAGCUGGCUGGCCGAGUGAUGCUGCCUUACUCCUCAGGGAUCCUGACUGCUGUCCUGCCAUGUCUCUCUUACGAUGAUCGCAAGAAGAACAUCAAGGAGGUGGCAAAUGUGUGCAACCAGAGCCUGAUGAAGCUGGUCAUCCCAGAGGAUGAUGAAAUGGAUGAGGCCAAGCAGUCAAUGACCCUACCAACAGAGACAGAGCCCACCCCAGAGGAGUCCCUCUCCAAGCCAGAGGCAGCAUCCAGCGGCUCCCUGGAGGCAUCUGGUGAAUCCAACUUCAGCAACAGCAGUGUCUUCACAGUAACCAGCUGUGAGAGGAUCCCGGUGACCCUGAACCUGGAUGGAAUAGUUCAGGUGCUGGACUGCCACCUUCAUGACACAUCCAUUGGGAUGAUGACCAGAAUUGCAGUCCUGAAAUGGCUCUACCACUUGUACAUCAAGACUCCUCGUAAGAUGUUCCGACACACUGACAGCCUCUUCCCCAUCUUGCUGCGGACCCUCUCAGAUGAGUCAGAUGAGGUUAUCCUGAAGGACUUGGAAGUGCUGGCUGAGAUCGCUUCUUCCCCAGCAGGACAGACAGAGGAGGGUCAUGGUCCCUCCGAUGGCUCCGAUGCACGACCUGGACCAGUGGAGCUUCAUGUCCCAUCCAGGGCUGGCCAGCUGAGCUCCUCUGGUGUGAAAGGCUUGGAGUGCUCACCCUCCACCCCCACCAUGAACUCCUACUUCUACAAGUUCAUGAUCAACCUGCUCAAGCGCUUCAGCAGUGAGCGGAAACUCCUGGAGACCAGAGGAGCCUUCAUUAUCAGGCAGCUUUGUCUACUUCUGAAUGCAGAAAACAUAUUCCACUCCAUGGCAGACAUACUGCUUCGGGAGGAGGACCUCAAGUUCGCCUCUACCAUGGUCCACACCCUCAACACCAUCCUGCUUACAUCCUCCGAGCUCUUUCAGCUGAGAAACCAACUGAAGGACCUGAAGACUCCGGAAAGCCGUAACCUCUUCUGCUGCCUGUACCGGUCCUGGUGUCACAACCCCGUGACAACCGUGUCCCUCUGCUUCCUUACCCAGAACUACAAGCAUGCCUACGACCUCAUCCAGAAAUUUGGGGAUCUGGAGGUCACUGUGGAUUUCCUCACCGAGGUGGACAAGCUGGUGCAGCUCAUUGAGUGCCCCAUAUUCACAUAUCUCCGCCUGCAGCUGCUGGACGUGAAGAACAACCCCUACCUGAUCAAGGCUCUCUAUGGCCUGCUGAUGCUGCUGCCCCAGAGCAGCGCCUUCCAGCUCCUCUCCCACCGCCUCCAGUGCGUGCCCAACCCUGAGCUCAUGCAGACCACGGACAACACCAAAGCCAGCACCAGCUACAAGAGAACAGCAGCCUCCAACAUCGACUACACGGAGCUGCUGCAGCACUUUGAGAAGGUCCAAAACAAGCACUUGGAAGCAAGACACCAGCGAGCCGGGCGGGCCGAGCAGCUGGACCGGCGAGUGGUCCUCUGA